AUGUGCAAGUGUGGAAAGACAUGCUCCAGGGUGUCCGUCGGAGUGGGCUUGCUGCUGACCAUCGCGGGCAUUGCCUUGUUGUUGGUCGGCGCAAUGGGACUGAGCAGCCUGAGCAUCAACGUGAGCGCAGACAUUGAUGGCGGGAUGACCGGCAUGCUCUCAUCUGACGGUGUGAGCCGAGCCCCAGCGCAGCGUACCUUGAACGAUCUGGACUGGACCAUUGGAGCAUCCGAGACAAAGCUCACCGACUUGAAGCUGGCCGCCCAGGUCACUUUCACCCAAGAAGGCGACGCCUCCAUCACCAGCGCCGAGGGCAUGUGGUCCAUGCAGCUUUGCGAGGUCUUCGAAGAGGUCUUCGCCGUGGCUGGCCGCUCCAUCAUCAUGAUCGCCUGCGGCACCCCGUCGAUGAAUUGCUGCGUAGACGCUUGCACGCUGGUCGGAAAGUAG